AUGCCUCGACCACCGCUCACCGACAUACAGAAUACCGUAUCCAACUCCACCAGCAUUGACCAUGCACAGACAUUCAAAGCAGGCGGUCUGGUGGUUGGCCUUGCGUCCCAGCCCAAUGCGCAGGCUAUCUCGUCUCUUGAUUCUCACAUGCUCAGUCCGUCAUCGAGUGCGUCAGAGCUCGACCAUGCUCGGCUCGAACGCCUUGAACGCCACGAGCUCGAAGAGCUCUUGAUCGAGGCGAGCCGCAAGAUGCGCGAGAGGGAGCAAAAGCUCGUGGUUGCGGCCAACAUUGGCAAAGCGCUGCUCGAAAAGAAUCUCUCCCUGCGAAGCGGCAUCAUGACCAGCAUGGCUUCCAGUACCAGCCUCUUUGGUCUCUCCGACAUUGAAGACAUGAUUAAUGACUUCGAGGGAUCAGAUCCAGCUGCAUACACGGACAAUCACGUUGACGACGAUGGAGUCUGCUCUCCACCGCGACCGAUGUACUCCCCUCCAACCACAGAUAUCGAUGUCCUGUCGCUGGGCGAACUCUCGCCAGCAAGGUCGUGCUCGGACACCACCCCACUUGCCCGGCCCGAGGUCCUUCCACACGGAGGUCCCGACUACUUCAGUAGGCCAGCAGCGGGUCGACUCACACAGCAUGAGGAGACGGGCUCCUUUGUUGCGGAGGCUUCCUCAGCGGGUACCGAGAGGGCGAUGUGGGUGCCCAGCGAGGCCGGCCUCAUUGCAUCGCAACCAUGCUCUCCAAGCGCUUCCAUAUCAAGCUUUGCUUCGCAUGCCUUCCUCUCACCGAACGGGACCACGUAUCGCGUCGCCUCGAAGCGGGACCCGACAGGCAGUCGCCACAGACCGCGUCCAUCGCUUCUACAGGUUCAAGCCUUGGAAGCACAGAGGCAACUUGCUUCUCUUGGCGAACAGAAUGACGUGCUCCAUCAGCAGAUAUCCGAACUCCAGAACGAAGCAGAGGGUGCCCGUUUCGAAGGCAGCAAGAAGCUCAGUCGACUCAACAAGGAGAUUCGCGGACUCAAGGCGGAGCUCGAAGCGGCUACACGUCGCAACGUCGAGCUCGAGAGCACCCACCUGGCUGCACGUCCUCUUCUGGCGUCUCGGUCACCUCUGCGAGAUCCAUUAGUUCAUGGUCGUUCGAGCGCUCCAUCUCCGCUAUUGGUCCGUACAGGAAGCCGUCAAGGGGCCACCGCGACGUCUCUGGCGCCUUCUUCAACUCCGCCUGAGAAAGACCAGCCGAUCACGGAUCAUGCUGGUCUGAUCCCCUCUACCUCCAAUCUCGAGGACUUGGUGCGCUCUGCCCAGACCACAGCUGGCGAAAGUGCGCUGCUUUUGCAAUUGCUUGCCAAGAUCAAGGAGCUCGAAGAAACCAACUCAGCCAUGGCCAAAGCAGAGGAAGACUUUGGCAGUAGAAUGGGCCGAGCCAUGCAGGAGGACGAGCGUCUCCGCGACGCCUUCAACACGGUCGGCCAAGAUCUUGGUGUGGAUACCAAAUCAUCUGCAUCCUGGACCAGCCCUGACAAGGCACGCAAUGCUAUCAACUUCAUGCCCCAGCGAAGCGCAUCUCAGCUGCCGCCCUUACGGGGUGCGUUUAUCACUCCGUCCCACUCGCUACGCAGCCUCGACUCACUCGCCUCCGCAGAAAUAUCGAGCAACGGAUCUCCAAUCUCUCCAAGCCAGAAACGAAGAGCACCCGGCAAUCGUCAUGUCAUUGAACACCGCAAGACAGUCCGCACCGCACUCCAUCGAGCCAAGAAGGAGCUCGCCGCCGACAUUUGGGGUAUCAACAGCGAUCGAGCUCCCACUGACAUGUCGCCUUCGUCCACCGAGCAGUCGCUAGGCACCUACUCGAUCGAUCUGAGUGCCAGCAGCAGCGCCUCUUCAUCGCCGCGGGGCAAACACGUGAUCCGGAGAGCCUCUUCCAACUCGGUCGGGCUUGGCGCUGCGAGCAGACCUCGCAUCCGCAUCACGCCCUCGAUCGAAGAUUUGGGCCAACGAAGAAAGAUGCACGAGGAGAUCAUUACUGGACCACCCCAAGAUUCGUCUCAGGCCGGAGAGUGGCAAGAUGUUGCUACGCCUACACUAUCCACCUUCCCUCAGAACGCUUCGCUGAGCCCAUCGGAUGCGAUGCAAGCCUACUCUGCGCGCCUGCAGGUUCAGCCCCAAUCUGACCCAAAACGCCACGACAACACAUCAGGAAUGCCUGACAAGAGCAUGGAACCGAAGCGACUCGGUGAAAGCGCGAGGGUGGUCUUGCCACUCUCUCAGCACGGAUCGUUCAGGCCCACAGCACGGAUCCGCAGAUCCAGAUCUAGGUCCUCGUCAUUCGGCUCUCAUUUCGGCUCAGGGCAUUUGGCUGUUUCGCUCCUUCAGAGCCCCGAUCCAUUCAUGAACCCCUCUCCUGCUCGGCAUCGACCCAGCUUGAACCGCAGCCCAACCUCCGUGUCGUCCCAGCAUGGCAGAACAUUGGGAAGCGAGCUUGGCAGCAUCUUUGGCGGCGAUGAUCGCAAGCAUGACUUUGACGAUGAUCUCCCGCAGCGUCGACGAUCCUCGGCGGGGAGACAGACUGACGACGAACCUUCGAAACCGCAAGCACUUGUGCUGCAAUCUUCCACCCGUACGGGAAUCCUCGAGUUACGAUCAAGAACCAAGGGCGAGCUGGAAUCGGACCGACCCACCGUCAAUGCCGGUCGACUAGUCCCGCACAGCGACGAAGAGCAUCAAGAUGAUCUGGAGUGCGUGUUGAUGCAGUCGAUCCAUGAUCAGAUCGAGGAAGGGCUUGUCGAUAACACUGCGCUAUGUCCCCGCGAUGCGGCGCUGCUGGCCCGUGUGGAAGCCGAAGAGCAAGGCGCUUGGCUGGCGGAGCACCCUAUCAUCGAACAUGGCGGUCUCUUGGACGAGGACGAGCCACGCAGCGCCCAGUUUGACCUCAUCAAUGCCGUCGUCGAGCAUCAGGCUGUUGCGUGGGCAGACGAUGACGACUAUGGUCGGACCAUCAGCCACCGCGAAGCUGUCAAGCUCGGCCUCGUGGCGCCAAGCUCGUUGACUUUGGCAGGUCGAGGCGUUCGACUGCUCAGCGGUAGGUCAAAGCACGCUCCCUCCGCAUUUGGCUUUGGACGACCUUCCAACAGCAGGAAUCAACAGAAAGUGGAAAGUACAAAGAAAGAAGCUUUUCGACUCGAGAUCGAGUCUUCCGACCAGGUCGAGCAUCGUCUUCGUAUCGAGACACUUCUUCGUAGACGACGGCAAGAGCUGUUGCGCGAGCGCGGAUUUAUCGACGAGUGGGAGGUUGAUGUCGAUGAGCAAAAGCAAGAGGCCGAGCUCGUCGCCACGUAUGCGCCAACGCCGCAGCGUCUGCAAGAAAAGAGGCUGCGAGGUUUGGUGGGUCUGAUGUCGGAUGCAUGGGAUGCUUCGCCUCGACGUACAUCGCCGUUGAGUCGAGACCCGCACCGGUCCACCCAGCAGUGGGUGCAGGAUUUGGCCUGCAUCUCGCCAACGAGAAAGGGACGAUCUGCUGAUCAGAAUGUAGACGAAGACGACGAUCUGAUGAGCCUCGACUGCUUGCAUCCUGAGGACGGCGAGUUUGAACUGCUCGACUGUCCGACGUGGAAGAAGCAGGGCGGACGGGGCACCGAUUACUUCCCCACUUCAUUCCGUGCACGCUACCGUCCCGCCAUGGUCAAGCAGAGGGUGGUGCAUGUGUCGCAGGUCACGUAUGGGUGGGUCGAGGAGUGGGUGCAGUUUGCCUUUGUCGUCUUCCUCGCCUUUGUCGUGAUGGUCGAGCAGGGGCCGAAUCGCAACGUGCGGCGCGAGAGGCCGGCUGCAGUUGCGCGCCAGGCGCUGUUGAACAAAGCGGAGUAA